AUGGACAAUUUCCCACCACCAUCACUAUCUUCUUACGUGACAAAUUUCAGGAUUAAUAGAGAAUGCGUCUUAUUCUCCCAAGGGAAACAAAUAAGACACACAAGAAAAAAACAGGAGUUUGAAAAAAUCAACGAUAUUAUAAACAACAUCGACUAUUUGGACACCUUGAAGGAAAAGGUGCACGACAGAAAUGUGGAGAAGAUUGUCGAGCCCCUGGGGAUAUGCGCCCCAAGGGAGGGGAUACCAAAAGGCAGCGAUGGGGAAUAUGGCGAGCUGACGUACAAGGAUAAAUUCGAGGCGCUGAAAAACAAGUAUGACCAUUUGAAGAAAAAUCUGGACACUAGGAUUCACCUCGAGCUGAUCAAGGCGGGAGUUUUUUACAACCAAGACGACAUAAAAAACGUGCUCUAUAUGGUGAGGAAGUAUCAGGGAGAUCUCAAGACGAAAAAGAGCAUUAUAAACGUUCAAAAUGGAAUCAUACAGAAUGUCAUGGAGCGCAACAAAUUAAGCAGAAAUAAGCUUCUGGUUGAUAAAAAAAAAAACGAGGAGCUCAUGAAGAUGUGCCGUACCUACUACGAGCAGAACAAAAGCGCGCAGACGAGACUCAGAAAGCUGAAGCACGCGUUCCUCCAGUAUAAGAUAGCCUUGGAGAGCAUCGUCUCCUGCUGCGAGAAAAUUGGCGGAGACAAAAUAAUUCUGAUGGACGCCGUGAAGUCAGCCAGGGCGCAAACGGACUUGUCGAUAGCGACCGAUAUAUUGAACACGAAAAAAAUCCAAGAGCUCGAGAUGAAUAUAUGCUACUGCGAACAUCAAAUCAAUAGCCUGAAGGAUGAUUUGGACGUCAUGCUAGGGAAGUUACAAAAUGAAAAGAAAGAGAAACGGGAAGUGAUGAAUCAGACCUUGCGAUAUAAGGAGCACCUGGAGAAGAACAACGCCAUGCUCAUAGAGGCACUGGAAAAUUUCCGUCGCGUGAUGACUAGUGUGGAUGAGCAUCUCUCCAGGGAGGGCAACAGAAGUGACUUCAAGGAGACCUUUGACAAAAGCAAGAAAAAGUACAAUGACUUCGUGCGGAAGGCUGCGGAGAAGAACAAGGACCUCCAAAAAAUGGGAGACAAGCUUCUCUUGACGAGUGCUUUGAGCGGACACGAACUGAAAAGACACCAAGAGUACCUUAACAGGCAAAUAAAUGAAAUGAAAAAGAACCAAGGGGGCGUAGAAGAAGAAGAAGAACAGAAGGGGCACAAAAAUGGGGGCAAAGUUGGGGAAGCAGAAAAAAGCAGCCACGAGGAAGAGCAAGAUAAGAAGCAACCCCUGGAGGGGGAAUCCUCGCAGGGGGCGAAAGAGAUAACCAAUGACACAGAAAGAAAACAAGCCGAACAGAAAGGUGAACAACCAACUCACGUGGAUGAAAGUCUGGAAGGGAGAAAAAUAAAUCAAGUGAUGGAACUCCUGCAAAAAAAAGAAAUCGACAAGCUAACAUUUGAGGACUGCGUGGAUGUCAUAUACAAAGUGAAUCUCCCUCUGACGCAGAGCAAGCUGAAUGAGCUGAAGGCAAUGGGCGAAGUACACAAAGACGACCUGGUUGCCUUCAUUAAAACUUUUAUAGUGCAAGAGGAAGAAGCCUUACAGAAUAUGAUUACCUUCUUUGAAAUUUGGGACGUCCAGAAAACGGGUUACAUGCACAAGGAGCUGAUUUUGCUAAUAUUGAAGCAGUUCGGGGACAGCCUCACGGAAGACGAAAUGGAAUAUUUGCGGGAAAGCAAAAAGAAGAGAUGA